GACGAUUUUUCAGAAGAAAUGUCAGUAUGGCUCGACUUAAGCAAGCACCAAGAAAAUCUACUCAUUUAGUGCCUAAAGAAAAUCCCGUUUUUAAUAUUUUGAAAACUUACAAAGCCCUACAGAAGCUCCGGAUUCAAUCCAAAAUUACAGGAGGAAUCAAACAACCUCGCAGAUGGAGACCGAGUUUGGGUGUACUAUUGGAUAUCAGAAGAUAUCAAAGAACAACAAACCUGCUUAUACCAAAAAUGGCGUUCCAAAGGGUUGUUAAAUCUAUUACAAAUACAAAUUUUGAUGGAAUUAAAUUUCAGACAGCAGCAUUGCAUGCUCUACAGGAAGCGUGUGAGGAUUUUGUAGUAAGUGUUUUUGCAGAUACAAAUCUGUGUGCACUGCACGGGAAAAGAGUAACAAUCUUGCCAAAGGAUAUGCAGCUGGCUCUAAGAAUAAGAGGAAAGAAUAACUCUAUAUUUGCUUCACACGAGGAAUGAUAAAAUCAGAAUUGAACCAUGGUGUCAUGUCUCUUCGUGCAUUUGAGUCAAGUUCUACAUGAAACUAAGAAGAAUUUAUUUUAAUUUAGCAGAGCUGAUUAAAUUCAUGUAGAGUUGUUUUUCAAACUCAUAAAACUGACCACACAUAUAAUAAUAAAAAAUCAGUUUUUUUCCUCUCCCGAC